AUGGUAGAAUCAAAAACUGCAACAAUAGCUGAUUGUUUCGUUGAAUAUAUAAAAUUGGCUAUUGCAAUUAAUCAAAUACCUAAUGAAAAUGUUCUAAAAAAUAAUAUCAUUAACAUAUUCAAUCGUCGAUAUAAUGAGUUUGACCGUGAUGCUUAUUUACUUGGAUACUUUUUAUAUCCUGAAUACCCACUCUUAAAUAAUCAAGAAAUCACUUUAUCGGAAAUUGUUGAACAGGCAAAUAAUACUCUUACAAUUUCAGAUAUUAUUGAUCUUACCAAAUUAUCACUUGAAACUGACGAUCAAUUGAGAAUGAAUAU